CUUAUUGAGAUUGAGAACUUGUGACACACUAAAAUGUCUAAAAAACUACAGUUGAGCCACCAUGGACAUGGUGGAAAUGAUGAAGACUACGAUAUACCCGCUACCAAACAUUUCCACCAUGGAGAUGACGAAAGUGUAUUAUGAAGAGAAUGCUGGCACAAAUGAAAUCGUCGAGGCUCCCAUAAAAAAGUCAAGAGCGCAAGAUACAUCUAAUGCUUCAAGCGACAUCAUACGCAUGAUUGACACGUACGACCGGCCAGCAGGUGCCAAUGCAGAAGGCGGUUAUGCUAAACAAGGCUUUUAUGCGUCAGGUUUUGAAAACAAAUCAGGAAAGAGGAUUCCCAAGGCUGGAUACCUUGCAGAAGCAGGAGUUGGAAGAGCUUGUGCUGAAUACAGUGUAUUUGAGGCUGUAGCCAAAGGUCCAAAUGCCUCAGUUGGUGCUGAAGCCAGUACAGUGGGAGUCGGAGCAAUGGCUCCAGCUGAAAUUGCCAGUGCAUCAGCUAAAGCCGGUCCAGUUGGGGUGAAAGUGGGACUUGGAUUUGACACGGGUGCAUCUGCUGGUGUGGAUGGGGUGGAGGUCAAAUUCCUGGGAACUGGAGUCACAAUUGGUCCAAAAACCAGUAUAUCUGUUCUGGGUUCAGAAGCUUCAUGUUCAGUCAUGUAG